GCUGCUCUGACGGGUCUGCAGCUUUUCUGAGCGCCUCUCCCCGACAGACAGGACCGCUGCUCAUCUAUUCAUUCAGCAGACCGGAAACCUCAGGAAGCAGACAUGCCUUUCGGGAACACGCACAACCAGCUGAAACUGAAGUUCUCCUCGGAGCAGGAGUACCCGGACCUCAGUAAACACAACAAUCACAUGGCCAAGGUCCUGACCCCUGACCUGUACGAGCAGCUGAGGAGCAAACAGACCCCYAGUGGCUUCACUCUGGAUGACGUCAUUCAGACUGGAGUAGAUAACCCAGGUCACCCCUUCAUCAUGACGGUGGGCUGCGUCGCAGGAGACGAGGAGACCUACGAGGUCUUCAAAGACCUGCUGGACCCUGUGAUUCAGGACCGACACGGGGGAUACAAACCCACAGACAAGCACAAGACGGACCUGAACUCUGCCAACCUGAAGGGUGGUGACGACCUGGACCCCAAUUAUGUCCUGAGCUCCAGGGUCCGAACGGGUCGCAGCAUCCGUGGUUUCUGUCUGCCCCCCCACUGCAGCCGAGGAGAGCGGCGGGCUGUGGAGAACCUCUCAAUUGAAGCUCUGGACGCUCUGACCGGAGACCUGAAGGGGAAAUACUACGCCCUGAAGAACAUGACUGACGCUGAGCAGCAGCAGCUCAUCGACGACCACUUCCUGUUUGACAAGCCCGUGUCUCCUCUGCUGCUGGCCUCAGGGAUGGCCCGGGACUGGCCCGAUGCCAGGGGGAUCUGGCACAACGACAACAAGACAUUCCUGGUGUGGGUGAACGAGGAGGACCACCUGAGGGUCAUCUCCAUGCAGAAAGGAGGGAAUAUGAAGGAAGUGUUCACCCGCUUCUGUACUGGACUCACCAAGAUCGAGAGCCUGUUCAAAGAGCGGGGCCACGCCUUCAUGUGGAACGAGCACCUGGGCUACGUCCUCACCUGUCCGUCCAACCUGGGGACGGGCCUGCGUGCAGGUGUGCACGUGAAGCUGCCCAACAUGAGCAAACACGCCAAGUUUGAGGAGGUCCUCAAGAGACUGCGGCUCCAGAAACGUGGAACAGGGGGCGUGGACACGGCUGCUGUGGGCGGAGUCUUCGACAUUUCCAAUGCCGACAGGCUGGGCUUCUCUGAGGUGGAGCUGGUGCAGAUGGUGGUGGACGGAGUCAAGCUGCUGGUGGAGAUGGAGAAGAAGCUGGAGAAGGGUCAGUCCAUCGAGGACCUGGUCCCGGCCCAGAAGUAACGCCUGUGGACCGGUGGCGCCGCCGCCUUUACAUUUCUGUAUUUAAGAUGAAACUGUUCUAGGAAAUAAAGUUUAUGUUGAAACUCUGA